GCGCUCUCUCUUCUGCUUUCAAUUUCAGUUCUUAUUUACAAGUACAAAAAGACGUUUCGUUUGUCGUUUCUGAGUGUGGUGCUGGAGUAGAGGAAAAUGGCAAAUUUUAGCGCUUUAAAUAAAAUAAUAAAAUUACAAAAAUUAUUAAAUAACAAAAAUGUUAACAUAAGCCAUGUUGCCUGUCGUAACUUAAUCACCUCGCCAGUUGUGGCCAUUAAUUAUGACAAUUCCCAUGAACAAACCGACAGUAAGAAACUCCCACAAUCUCUGCAAUACUGGAACUCUUUGGCUGCUAGUGAUAGUUCACGGAAUUCAAUUGGUCGAUGCUCACUAAAACUGUCCACCACUACACAAUGUCACAGCACUAAUCAGAUUAGGACAUAUUGUAAAAAAUCCACAGAAAGUAUUGAUGAAUUUCGGGCCAGAGAAGAAAAACGUGAAGCAGAAUUCGAAGAACAAGAAAAAGCUAAAAGCAAAGAAGAAGAAAACGAAAGAGAUGCCAAAGCCGAGGCUGUGCGUGUAAAAAUCUUAGAGGCUGCCUUACAACAUGUUCCCACUUUGGGCUGGACCCGCAAUGCCAUUGUACAAGGAGCCGAAGAUGCCGGCUAUCCCAGUGUGGUACAUGGCAUGUUCCCUCAGGGUGGUUUCGAUUUGGUCUCCUAUUUCAAUGGCAAAUGCAAUGAAGAACUAUUGAAAAUCCUCAAGAAAGAAACGGACGAUGGUAAAAAGGAAAUUGGUAACCCUCUAGAAUUUUUGGUACGUUUUGUUCGAUUACGUCUUGAGAUGAUGGCACCAUACAAGGGUCAAUGGCCUCAGGCGUUGGCUUUAAUAGCAUUACCACAGAAUGCCUCGACAGCUUUGGCUCAGGUUCUAACUCUAGUCGAUGAUAUUUGUUACUAUUCGGGAGAUCGUUCAGUGGAUAUUGGUUGGUACACUCGCCGCAUUGGCCUGGCAAGUAUUAUGAAAAUGACAGAACUGUAUAUGCUACAAGAUCACUCCCCGGACCAUCGAAAAACCUGGGAAUUCUUGGAAAAUCGUAUGGAUGAUGCAGUGCAAUUACAAAUGACACUUAUGAAAAUUGGCGGAACAACAUCCGGCGUCCACAGAUCUUUAAAUUCAGCUUUUACGACAGCUCGCAGUAUAUUGGGCUUAAACUACAACAAAUCUUAAAAUAUACAACAUACACCCACUAUUCUCAAUGCAAAUGGACACACACAAUCCCACUGGAGUAACCAUACAAUGGUUGCUAGCACCUGCAAAUUCCUACUUUCUAGUUAUGUCCAAAGUUUUGUUAUUUUGUUAGUUUUUUUUUAAUUACCAAUUCGAUGCUUUAUAAUUUAUGGUACGGCCCCUUUCUUGUCUUGAAUAUAAUAUUGAAAAAAUGAUGUUUAUUAAAUACAUGAAUGUAAAUAAAACAAAUGAAAUAUUUUGAACGAAAGAAA